AUGCAGAUGCGGCUGCUCUCGCCUGGCGAGCAAGGAAUCAUCGACCAUGUGCUAGAGACGUUCGCAGCUCAGGUUGACGGGAAAUCAAUGCGUACACGAGACUUUUUCAACCUGAUGGAUAGCAACCGCGACAACGUUUUGACCCGGUCGGAGCUGAAAGAGGCACUGGUGAACCGCCAGCUAGUCCUCCGAGAUGACCAGCUGACACAUCUAAUGGCCUUCCUCGACGUUCAUGGUCACGGCUAUGUUACUCUUGGCGACCUACAUGAUGGCCUCAGGAAUUUCCGCGCGGCGCGCCAUCGUACAAAGAUUCACGGGCAGUCGACCAGGUUGCCCCGACCCCAGCCGCGCCCGCCACUUGAUUCAACAGCAGUCACUCGAUUGCAGUCGGCGUUGCUGGCUCCCCUCACGCUCUUCUCGGCACAAGCGCCAGUCGAGGGGCAAGGGAAGCAUCAGCGAUAUAAGAAAAACGCAAGCGAGAAGCGAAUUCUUGAGCAGGAGGCCGGAAUAAACUUUCUAGACAUCACGGAUCCAGAGAUUAGUUCUCUCGCAGACUUUUUGAUGGAUGCGGAGAAGGCGGGAGGUCGUCCUCAAGGAGGGCUGCCGUCAAAUCCGGCGGAUCAUAUACCGACGACCGAUGCACAGCAGUCAAAGGCUCUGCGCCCGCUACCACUUAUCAUGGCCGCACUAGAAUCCGCCGCUUCGCGAGCACCCGGCUGCAUCAAUCGGGACGGGCAGCAGACGGGGGGUAUUCGCGGCCCUGGGGCAGCAGCCGUCCCAUGCUCGGCCGCAAGAGUCUUGUGGAUCUUGAGGGGCCUUCAGAGGGUAUGGCGGCAAAAAGACCGUCGUCGCAAGGCAAAAACGCUCAUCCAGGAAUCGGCCGACGAGUUCACCGACGAGAAGCUGAGCGUCGCCGUGAGCUUGUUUGACGUCGAUGGCCAGGGGCACAUAGACCUCCAAGACGUGAUGACCGUCUUUCGGAAUGCGCGGGUCGACAAGUUUGUCCGGGGGCGACUACCAGCCGCAGCAAUCCCAUCACUUGUUGCGAUUGGGCGUCACCUCGAAAGUCGCAAAAUAACGGCUCACGAUUUCGUUCAGGACGCAGCCACGUCGACCAUCGUACAUUCCUCGGAGCCAACUCCCAAGCGAAAACGCGACGCGAAACGAGACCAGACCCAGACAGCUACGACGGCGCAGCUUGGAGCGCUGCUGUUCUCGGAGCUGCAGCUGGAUGCGAAGCAGAGAAACCUCGUUCUGGAGUGCAUCGAAGAGGAUGGGCUCGUCUCUGGCGCCAACGUAGCUGGAGCUGUGCGCCGGGCCAGAGGAGAGCUUGCUCAUCGGAAGCUUGAGAGGCUGGAACAACAGCAGGGUGUGGUUGAUGGUGGUCGAUGUUGGAGUAGUGAAACGGGCAGCCAAGUAUCGGAAAUUUCUGGGAGCACAUGUAGCAUCAUCUCUCCGCCUAGGUUCCGUCCGCAGGCUGGAGCAGCACCCACAGCGGAGGAAGGAAUGUUGGCGCCGCUUCAACACAAGCACCAACGAGACGGUUUCAACCAAAGCGACGCGUCCUUGAUCCUCGGACUCUUCGUCAAGGAAGGCGGGGGGCUGAGAAAUCUUACCGGCAAGAGCGCGGCGAGCCUGUGGCGCGGUCUCAAACGACGAGGACGUGGCGUGCACGCCUGUGAAGACGGCCGCUCGGCAGCUAGGCGCCUCCGACAGCUCCUUGAGUCCCGGGACAUGAAACCACACCGAUGGUUUGCGACCCUUGGCCCUACGGCUGAAAGUUCUGCCCCAAGCGAUGAACGUAGCUCCAUGGAGCGUCGUGUUGAGAUGUCGUCCAUCAUUCAAGGUGUGCAAGCAUUGGGCGGGACGACCCGAACGGGCCCACCCGGGGAGGCGAACACAGUCCAUACGGCAUCCGACGACGAACGUGCCACCGACUCACUGGAAGGGACUCUCAGCAGCAACGACGGCAGCUACAGCAGCACCGCGCAGACUGCCGGAAAGAACUACAAGGCUCAGAGGACUGUUCAGAAGCUAGACGAGCUGAUGAGCUUGCAAGGAAGACGUCUCGUCGUUGAGUUUCAUCAAGCGGACACCAACCGUUCGGGAGGGGUGGAUCCCACGGAGCUCAAGAAGGUGAUGAAGAACCUGCUUCAGCCUUGUUCAUUGCUGCGCUUCGAGCGCAAACGGCGGCGGGAACGGCAAGAGGCGGCGGCGGCGACGUCUCAAAAUGCGGAGCGUUGGAAGGGGGAUUUCAUGGAAAAAAUGGAGGCGCUGGACAAGUCCAAGGCUUCCAACUUUCUCGAUGUCAUUUCCACGGCACUCCGCAACAGAAGAUGGCAAAUCAGAGACGUUUUUAGAGACGUCGACAAAGGAAAAUCAGGGGCUUUGGGCGUGAACGACCUUCUGGAGAACACGCACCUUGCCCUCGGCCUGAAGCUGGACAGAGGCGAGGCGGCGGCGCUGGUCUCGAUGUUGGACACCAACGGCGACAAGUCCAUCCAUUGCGAGGAGCUCGAACUCGCCCUCCGCCUGUACCGAAGGUACGGGUGGGAGAGGCACCGGUGGUCGAGACGGAAACCCUUCCACGAAGAAUUCCCGUCUCUUUCGUGCCUGUUCCGACGGACCCCCCGGGCAGAGGGGGGCGGGGCGGGCCUGCAACAGCAACAACGAAAUCCGGCCCUUCCCCGUGACACCAAGGUCAACCGCGGGGAUAUCGUCACCGCGCUCGUGCGUCUCCGUGGGAGUUCGAGCGGGGGCGCGGUGGGCGGGAACCGCGGCAGGGGGCAGCUCCUGCCGGCGCACGGCCCGAACGUCCAGCGGCGGCGAGUGCUGCUGAGGGCCGUCCGGAAGGUCGCGCACUGCUGCCAGACAGCCGGCGUGAGGACCGCCCCGGCGCUGCUGGCGACUCUGGCCUACUUCGACUUCGGCCCCGUUGACGAAGCCAGGCGUAAGGCGGGCCGCAUGCGCGCGGUCGACCUGUGGCACUGGCUUCGACUGCUGAGCGCGCCAGCAGAGGAUUCGGGGGGCAGCGUCGUGGGGGGGAGCUGCAACAACAACGCUAACCGCACCAAAGGCGUUCAUGGGCAGCGACGAAAGAAAGAUGUUUUAUGUGGUCGAAACAAGAGCAUCUAUGGGUUUGGGGGCGGCGGCGGCGGUGGCCGCGGCGGCGCCCACAAGACCGUCGACGAGAUGGUGAGUGGGCGCUUGCUCGACGCCGAGGAGACAGCGCUACUGCUAGACGCCUUGGAACUCCGAACCCGUGUCCAAGAAGCCCGAGACGCGCCCGCUACAGGAGCAACGGAGGACGGCCCUAUCGUGUCCGUUCCCGCGUUCUGGGACCUCCUUGUGGAACAUGUCCCGGGUUUGUGGGACAGGGAACUGCAAGAAAGGCUGGAGGCCGAAGAGGCACGAAGAGUGGUGAGAGACGAGCGAGCCGCUGCGGAAGAAAAGGCCAAAGCGGCGACUACCGUACAGAAGGCGGUGCGGCGACGACAGCUUCACCAAAAGCAGGUGCGCCUGGAUCGCAUCAAGUCGAACAAGGCCGCAACGCGCAUUCAGGCGAUGGAGAGAGGCCGCAUCGCCAGGCACCACGCUGCCGCCGAGGGGGCAGCGAGGAGGGCCGCCGCGGCAAAAGCACAGGCGGAAGCGCAAGCUAAGGCGGAGCUAGAGGAGUCCGCCCGACGCCUCGCGGCCGCCACGGAGGAACGGAACGCCGCCCGGGCCGCCGUCAAGAUACAGUGCGCUACCCGCCAACGGCACGCGCGCGAAGAAGUGUCACGACGGCGCCGCCGACAGCAGGAGGAGGCGGCCAGACUAGCAGCAGCCGUCAAGAUCCAAAGCGUCGCGAGAGGGCGACAAGCGAGGACGGCGGCGGAGGAAGAGCUCAGCCGACGGCGAGAGGAGGCCGCCAGACUAGCAGCGGCGGUCAAGAUCCAGAGCGUCGCGAGAGGGCGGCUGGCGAGGACGGCGGCGGAGGAAGAGCUCAACCAACGGCAAGAGGAGGCGGCCAGACUAGCGGCAGCGAUCAAGAUCCAGAGCGUCGCGAGAGGGCGACUGACGAGGGAGGCAGCCAAGGAAGCGUUUCGCCGGCAGCAAAAGGAAGAGGCCAGGCUUGUAGCGGUGGUUAAGAUUCAGAGCGUCGUGAGAGGGUGGUUGGCGAGAAAAUCGGCAAAAGAGGCGGCCGAAAUCGCGGCAUUGGACGCAGCCAUCGCGGCUCGGCAGGCGAAGAUGACAGAGGAGGCGCAACCAGGUGCGGGGGCGGCCGAUCAAGGACGGGGGGGGUGGAGGAAGAAAAGCGUGGUGGGCGCACGUGGUGUGCAGGGCUUGGCGGGCCUCCAGGUUCAGGUCCCACCAAAUGACAACGCCGCCUAA